GGCUUUACUUCCGGUGAGGAAGGGAAAGGUGGUGGCACCACCGGAAGCGAGGAAGGUGCUGUGUAAUCACCGAGGAGUUGAGGUACUUGGAGCCCUUAAAAUGCCUGAUUACCUCGGUGCUGAUCAGAGGAAAACGAAAGAAGAUGAGAAGGACGACAAGCCCAUCCGAGCGCUGGAUGAAGGGGAUAUCGCCUUGCUGAAAACUUAUGGUCAGAGCACUUACUCUAGGCAGAUCAAACAGGUUGAAGAUGACAUUCAACAACUUCUCAAGAAAAUUAAUGAGCUCACCGGUAUUAAAGAGUCUGACACUGGCCUGGCUCCACCAGCACUCUGGGAUUUGGCUGCGGAUAAGCAAACACUCCAGAGUGAGCAGCCUUUGCAGGUUGCGAGAUGCACCAAGAUAAUCAAUGCUGACUCAGAGGACCCAAAGUACAUUAUCAAUGUGAAGCAAUUUGCCAAGUUUGUGGUGGACCUCAGCGAUCAGGUGGCACCUACCGACAUUGAAGAAGGGAUGAGAGUUGGUGUGGACAGAAAUAAGUAUCAGAUUCACAUUCCACUGCCUCCUAAGAUUGACCCAACAGUUACCAUGAUGCAGGUGGAGGAAAAACCUGAUGUUACAUACAGUGAUGUGGGUGGCUGUAAGGAGCAGAUUGAGAAACUUCGAGAAGUAGUUGAGACCCCACUGCUUCAUCCAGAGAGGUUUGUUAACCUUGGCAUUGAGCCUCCCAAGGGGGUGCUGCUCUUUGGUCCACCGGGUACCGGCAAGACACUCUGUGCUCGGGCAGUGGCCAACAGGACUGAUGCUUGCUUCAUUCGAGUUAUUGGAUCUGAACUUGUACAGAAGUAUGUCGGUGAGGGGGCUCGAAUGGUUCGAGAGCUCUUUGAAAUGGCCAGAACAAAGAAAGCCUGCCUUAUCUUUUUUGAUGAAAUUGAUGCAAUUGGAGGGGCUCGUUUUGACGAUGGUGCUGGGGGUGACAAUGAAGUGCAGAGGACCAUGUUGGAACUGAUCAAUCAGCUGGAUGGGUUUGAUCCUCGAGGCAACAUUAAAGUGCUGAUGGCUACAAACAGACCUGACACUCUGGACCCAGCACUCAUGAGGCCGGGGAGACUGGACAGGAAGAUUGAGUUUAGCUUACCUGAUCUAGAGGGUCGGACUCACAUUUUCAAGAUUCAUGCCCGUUCAAUGAGUGUUGAAAGAGAUAUCAGAUUUGAAUUGUUAGCACGGCUGUGUCCAAAUAGCACUGGUGCUGAGAUCAGAAGCGUCUGCACAGAAGCUGGGAUGUUUGCCAUCCGAGCACGGCGAAAAAUCGCUACUGAGAAGGAUUUCCUGGAAGCUGUCAAUAAGGUCAUUAAGUCCUAUGCCAAGUUCAGUGCUACUCCCCGCUAUAUGACAUACAACUGAGCCCGGGCGUGUUGGCGAAAACAUUUCUUUUCGUUGGAAUCCUGACCUUAUACAGGUUUCUUAAUAACCAUUUCACACACAAAAUAAAUGGUUUUCAAAACUGUA